AAAAUGUACCACAUUUAAACAAAUGGCAUUCAAAAUGUACCACUUUCGCAAAAGCCUUUCAAAAUGUACCAUUUCUCAAUUGCACGCGCUCGACCAUGGACGAAAAUACCCCUGAUUGGGAUAGAGAGGCUGUGUCAGAGACGGAGACAGCUUCUAUCGGCGCUUCCAAAGAAGGAGCAGGGCAUCAAUUAAUGCUGCACGGUUACAUGUGGUAGAUAAUUGAUUUUAAUUAAUAGAAAUGAUAAUAGAGUAGGGUUAGGCCAUUAAUUGCUCUCUUAAUAUAUCAGACAAAAGAGCUUUGUAGAUCUGAAAAAACUGGAAAUCUGGGGAGAAAACUCUGAUGCUGGGCGAAAUUGGAGUUCUGCUUGAAGAAGGGUGCAUUUAAAGCUAAAGAAGGUACGGAUGGACGAAGGAGUAAUGAUAUUGGUCGGUUGCUGGGAAUGCAAAGAAAGUGGAGAGUGGCGAUUCAAGAUGUCGGCAAAGAAAUAUGCAAAGUGUGUAGACGUAAGCGCAGGAGAUACGAUUGCUGAUGUUGAGCAGAAAAUUGCCGCAGCGUUUGGAGUAGACAGAAGAAGGACAAAAAUGGAGCUGAGUUUUUGGUUCGAAGGAGGAGACACUGUCUACACGCAGCAAAAGAUGCCGCCAGUCUCUGUUGACAGCGAGAGUUCAUUGUCGAAAUUCAAAAAGGUAAGAAUAGAAAAGGGAGGUAUGAACAUGUAUCUAUGUUUAGAAGAAGACGAUGAAGAUGUGUCAAAUCUCGGGGGACAAGACGAUUGUCGGGGACAAGAAAUGGCGGGACAGCACAGAGGUGAGAGUGAAAGCACGCAGAUAAUUCCUGUAACUUUUGAGGAAGAGGACUUUUUAGAGGAAAUAUAUGCGUUUGAAGAAUCUUAUAAAAGGAAGGAAGCUGUGCUGCAAAAGGGAAAAGCUAAGCGGGGACGAGAAGAGGAACUGGUGGUAGCAUUGGGCACGGAUAGUGGAGGAUGGGCAUCCGAGUCGGAAGACAACAUGUUAAGUGAGGGAGAAGAUUCAGGCGACUAUGACUUUGAUAAUAUGAGGGAGUUGAUCGAUAGGGAGUACCCGCCGGAUUGGGAUCCUUGGAAGGAUUCGAGGAAGAAAGCAUUGACAAUUGCAGACGGAUCGCCGCGGGGACAAAAUGGUAGAGUGGAGGACGAUAUAUAUUCCGGUAUGGAGGACGAGAUAUACGAGGACGAUAUGUAUGUGGGGGACGAAAGUGUGGAUGCACAAGGAGGACAAACCCAGCCAAUACUAGUCGAUGUCGAGGUUAAUCAGAUGGACGGAAGGGAAGAUACCACAACAUUUGAUGAAUGUGAAGAGGAAUGUAGAAAACUGCGGGGACAAAAGGGGACAACUUCACAAGGAUGGGGACAAAGUGCAGAAAUGUCACUCGAACUGACAGAAUCGUUGGGUCCACCAGAGGGACAAAACCAGCCAAUACUAGUCGAAGUUGAGGUAAAUCAGAUCGAUGGAAGAGAAGAUGCGACAGCAUUUGUUGAAGGUGGAGAGGAAAGUGGAGACAUGUCAAUUCAACUGGGGCAGACCAGAAUGAGGCAAGUGGACGUUACGGUGACACCGUUGGUAAGAAGAGAAGAUGCCUCAACUUUUAAGGCUUUUGAGGAAGGAGAAGGACAAGGAAAUUUGGAGGUGACAAUGGGAUGUAGUGUUGGAGAGGAAAGUGCAGAAAUGGGGCAGAUAAGGUCGCAACUUACAAUGGGGGAGACAAUGUUUACUGAACUUGUGGGGGACGAUAUUGUGAUGGGUAGAGAUGCCGCACCGUUCAGGGACAACGCAGUCGGAGUUGCGCAGGACAAGGCUAACAUGAAUCUUAGGAAAGCUGGGGAUUCAAUAUAUAUUGGGCGGAUAUUCCAGAACAAAGGCGAGUUGCAUAAGGCAUUAACUGUGUACUCUAUAAAAAGGCUAUUCAAUUUCCGAAUAAAAGCUUCCGACAAGACGCGUGUAAUUGCAGUAUGCCAUGAUAAAAAAUGUAAUUGGAGGGUAUAUGCAACGUUUCACGAGAACUCGGAGAAUGUGGAAAUUCGAACAGCGAGUCUAAGACAUAGUUGUGAUGUGAAAGUGCGGUCAAAGUACGGGAUGAAAGCAACACGAUCGAUUCUAGGCGAGUUGCUAAAAGCAAAAUAUGCGCAUGGAAAGAAGGGACCUAGAGCCUGUGAACUACCAGAGAUAGUAUUGGCUGAACUAAACGUUACCAUAUCAUACAUGAAAGCUUGGAACGCGAAAGAGAUGGCAAUGAAAAAAGCUCGUGGCAGUGAAGAAGAAAGCUAUAAGUUCUUGCAGACAUAUCUCCAUCUGUUAAGGACAACUAAUCCAGGUACGCUGUCCACAGUCCAUACGGAUUAUACUGAGGAGGGGGAAAUCCGUUUCAAAUAUUUAUUUUUUGCGUUUGGGGCUUCAGUUGCUGGGUAUAAGUAUUUGCGGAAAGUAAUAGUGAUAGAUGGAACACAGACUAAAGGAAAAUACAAAAGCUGUUUAGUUGCUGCCAGUGGACAAGAUGGAAAUUAUCAAAUAUUCCCAUUGGCAUUCGGAGUCAUUGACAGUGAGAACAUCGCAGGGUGGACGUGGUUUUUCAAACAACUGUUACAGUUUGUCCCUGAUGAAGACGAUCUUGUCUUCGUCUCCGACAGACAUGCGGCCAUAUAUGCUGGACUAAGGACAGUGUAUCCACUUGCAAAGCACGCUUGCUGCACUGUGCAUUUAUUUAGGAACGUUGUCCACCAUUUCAAGUGUGAGGGGCUUGCUAAAAUGGUGUCCAAUGCGGCUAGAUCUUACACUGUGGGAGAUUUGCGAUAUUGGUUUGAAGAAAUUCAGAAAAGAGACAUCAAUUGUGCCAAUUAUUUGGUAGAGAUAGGAAUAUCUCAUUGGACACUUGCGUACUUCCCGGGAAUGCGAUACAAUGUGAUGAGCAGCAAUAUCUCGGAGUCCCUAAAUGCUGCAAUGCAAAAAGCCAUAGAUUUCCCGAUAGUGACGAUGGUAGAAUUCAUUAGGACUAUGUUAAUGCGUUGGUUUUACGAGAGAAGAGAAGCUGCAACUAGAACGAGGACAAGAUGUACGCCAGAGAUCGAGGAAAUGCUAAUAGAUCACCUGAAAUUAGCGACAGAUUGUGCUGUCAUAGCAGCAAGUGAAUGGAUUUAUCAAGUAAACGACGGUUUUGGUAUCGUUUUCACUGUGGAUCUAGAGAAAAAAACAUGUACUUGCAGAGUAUUUGAUGUGCUAAUGGUGCCGUGUUGUCACGCUUUAGCCGCGGUGGGGAUAAGGAACGUGGACAUUUACUCCCUGAUCGGGAACUAUGCAUUCGUGACGGAGUGGCGUAAGCUCUGGCGUGCCCAUAUUCUACCUCCGCCUAAGGAAAAAGACACGGAGGUCCCAAACGUAGUUAGUGAAAUGGUUGUGAAUCCACCAAAAACAAGAAGACCAGGCGGAAGACCAAAGACAGUACGCAUACCAUCGCGGGGAGAGUAUCAGGGCAAAGGAGGGAAGAAAAAAAAACCUAACAAAUGCACCACAUGUGGGAAGGAUGGCCACAACAGAGCAACUUGCAAAAAUCCUAUCUAAGUUUUAGGGAAUAAUAUUUCGGCGGCUUUUGGUCCAUGAAGUAUUGCGGAAAAGAGGGUUUAUCGUUACGUAGGUUGGAUAGGCCACGGGAAAUUUGUUUAGUCCAUGGCUUAACAUCCAAUUUUUUAGUCCAUGGCUUAACACGGAAAGUAUAACUAAUAUAUAUUUAUCUUUUGGUAAUUGGAUGUAGUAUGACAUGUAUGGGUAUCUUUUGGCAAGCACAUCUCACAACUUAUCGAACAAAAACUAUAUAUAUUUAUCAUA